AUGACUCAGUUUCUCUAUUUGCUCACGUGGGCCUAUGGCGUGAAACACCUGUGUGGAAUGCGGAGGCUGGCAGCUGCGGGCGGUGCCUGCCCGCCGGAGGGUUUAAAAAGGGCUUUGGAAAGGGCAGCGCAGCUGGAGCGUCUAAGCGGUGCCAGGCCAGGUGUGCGAGUCCGUCGGUCUUUCCGUGCCUGCGCCGGAGAUCUGUCCGGGAGACCGUCCGGGCCCGUCCCUGUGCCCGGCACCAUGAAGCAGGAGUUCAUAGCUCAGAACACCUCACCUAUUUCACCACUCCCCUCGCCACCCGCCUCGCCACCCGCCUCGCCACCCGCCUCGCCACCCGCCUCGCCGCCUGCGCAGCGCUCCCGGGACAACGGCCACCCCCAAGCGCUGUGGAUUUUCGGGUAUGGCUCCCUGGUGUGGAGGCCCGACUUCGCCUAUAGCGACAGCCGUGUGGGGUUCGUGCGUGGCUACAGCCGCCGGUUCUGGCAAGGAGACACCUUCCAUAGGGGCAGUGACAAGAUGCCUGGCCGCGUGGUGACCCUUCUUGAAGAUCAUGAGGGCUGCACUUGGGGUGUGGCAUACCAGGUGCGAGAUGAACAGGUGAACGAGGCUCUGAAGUACCUGAACGUGCGGGAAGCAGUGCUCGGUGGCUAUGAUACCAAGGAGGUCACCUUCUACCCUCAAGACACUCCUGAUGAACCACUAAAGGCCUUGGCCUAUGUGGCCACCCCACAGAACCCUGGUUACUUGGGGCCUGCACCUGAGGAGGCCAUUGCUACACAGAUCCUGUCCUGCCGCGGCUUCUCCGGCCAUAACCUUGAGUACUUGCUGCGCCUGGCAGACUUCAUGCAGCUCUGUGGGCCCCAGGCACAGGACGAGCACCUGGCAGCCAUUGUGGACGCUGUGGGCACCAUGCUGCCCUGCUUCUGCCCCACCGAGCAGGCUUUGGCACUGGUUUAAGGGGGCUAAGCCUUUGCAGGGAGUGCCUGCAUGGACACGGGGGCUAGAUCCCCACUCCUGUGCAUACAGACAGACUUGGUACAGCUGGAGCCCACUGAGAGGACUCAGCGGACAGCAGGGACUCCUCUCCCUAAGCCCCUGCCUGUCCACCAGUCUCCAGCUCUCUCCUGCCUGACACUGACCUACUACUUGAAAGUAUUUAUUGCACCAUGUUGGUGUGGUGAGCAGGGCAGGGGGCCUGCCCUGGACUCAUGGGCCCUGCUGAGCGGUGCCCAUCACUGGUGCCUGGUGCCUGACCAGAUUUCCCUCAGUGCUGCUGCUAACCCAACUCCGCCCAGGCCUCUGCCUCCCCAGGGAGUCUCCACGAGCCUUGACCCUCUAACUCUCUAGCCCCAGAAAUACCACCUUUGAAAGGUCUCAGCCUUCUGGUGAGCGACAGGAGGGUGUGAGGAAAGGGGCUCCUAUGGGAUCUGAGGCCCCUGUCACGGUGUCUCGUCCCCCAGGGCAAAGCUGGAUCUGGGGCCCAGGCACAGCUGCUGAGGCUGGGCCUGGAACUCUGACCCAUUUGGCUUUGCUUUCUUGUCCUUAUGUAUGUCUGUGUCAGUCCUAUCUGUCUGUCUGUUUAUUCCUGUGUGAAAUUCAUCACUAUAGGCCCUGGCACCAUCCCAGUCUGUCCCACACUAUUACCCAUAAACUGAUUUCUUACUA